AUGUCUGCGGAAAUUCUGACGACCAUCUCCCCCACCACCAAUGCCCCCGUCCUGACUCGCCCGGCCAUCUCACCGGCAGACCUCGCCGUCCUGCCCGAGACAGCCCAGGCGGCCUUCCGCUCGUUCUCGCAGUCGACCACCCUCGAACAGCGCCAGCAGAUCGUCGCGCGCGCCCUGGAGAUCCUGGAGAAGAAGAAGGAUGUCCUGGCGCGCGAGCUGACCGAGCAGAUGGGCCGGCCGAUCGCUUACACGCCCACUGAGAUCGCCACCGCCGUCAAGCGAGGGACCUUCCUGAACCGCGUGAGCGGCUCGAUUCUCGGUGAAGAGGGGAUUGUGCAUGGCGAGGCAGAGGCAGGCUUCAAGAGGUACAUCAAGCGGCAGCCUGUCGGGGUGGUGUUGAUCAUCUUUGCAUGGAAUUACCCCUACCUUAUUCUGGUCAACAGCUUGAUCCCUGCCAUCCUCGCCGGAAAUGCCGUCAUCUUGAAGCCCUCUCCUCAGACGCCAACGGUCGUCGAGCAGGUGGCAUCGGCCUUCUACGAAGCUGGCCUCCCCAAGAACGUCAUUCAGUACCUGCAUUGUGGAUCCCCUGCGCAGAUCGAGACCCUCGUCCGGUCACCUCUUGUCAACCACAUCUGCUUCACCGGCUCCGUGGCAGGAGGAUUGGCCGUGCAGAAGGCUGCCGCGGACCGCAUCGUCAACGUCGGCCUGGAGCUCGGCGGCAAGGAUCCCGCAUACGUGAGAAGCGACGUCGACGUGGCCUGGGCUGCCGAACAGAUCGUCGACGGAGCGAUCUUCAACAGCGGGCAGAGCUGCUGCGCGAUCGAGCGGGUCUACGUGCACGAGAGCAUCUACGACGAGUUUGUGCACGAGGUCAAGAACGUGCUGAGCAAGUACCGCGUCGGAGGCCCUUUCGACCCGAAGACCCAGAUCGGCCCGGUGAUCUCGAAGCGCGCCAAGGAGACCGUGUUGGCGCACAUCGCCGAUGCGCUGCAGAAGGGCGCCAAGGACGAAACGCCGGACAACGAGACGUUCAAAAACUUGCCCCCGGAGGGCAACUACGUGCGGCCGACGCUGCUGACCGACGUCACGCACGACAUGGUCGUCAUGACGGAAGAAACGUUUGGGCCGGUCAUUCCGGUGAUGAAGGUCACGGACGAUGAAGAAGCCGUCCGGCUGAUGAACGAUAGCGAGUUUGGGCUCACGGCGAGCGUGUGGACCAAGGACGUGGCUGCUGCCGAGAAGCUGAUCGAGAAGAUCGAGGCAGGGACGGUCUUUAUCAACAGGGCCGACUAUCCAAGCCCGGACCUCGCCUGGACCGGCUGGAAGAACUCGGGACGCGGGGUGACGUUGAGCAGGUUUGGAUUCGACCAGUUUGUGAAGCUGAAGAGCUACCAUGUGAAGGAUUAUCCGAAAUGA